AUGGCGGGGGCGCUUGAGAAGAAGAAGCAGGUGCGCUUCGCCCGCCUGCAGGAGGACCAGGGUGACGAGGAAGAGGAGCUGGUGGUGGCGGUGGCGGCCUCUGCCGAGGUGCGGGGCUCAGGAGCGGGCUUCGCUCGGUUUGCCCUUUGGCCGGAGAUGAUCGUGGCCGACGGGAGCGGCCGAAGAAGCCGGGCAGGAGGCGGUGCGCUGACCAAGCAGCAGCUCCAGGAAGCGGCGGUGGCGGCGGCCCCGCGGCGCGCGCUGAAAUGGUGCAUUUCAGCGGUGCUUUGUGCUGCUUUUCUCGGCCUGGGCAUGGCCAUUGCUGUCCUAGGGCCUACAUUUCAAGACCUGGCUACAAAUGUGAACAGAAGUGUUAGUCAAAUAUCCUACAUCUUUGUGGGCCGCUCUGCAGGCUAUUUUGGUGGUUCCCUGGUUGGUGGGAUACUUUUUGACUGUAUGAAUGCUCAGCUUCUCUUGGGAUUGUCUAUGUUGGGUACAGCUAUAGGAUUAUAUGCCAUCCCAUGGUGUAAGAAAGCACUUUUGUUGACAGCAAUGAUGUCUGUCAUUGGCUUUGCAAUGGGAGUCCUAGAUACAGGUGGCAAUGUUCUUGCCUUGGCCACGUGGAAGGAAGAGGCUGGUCCUCACAUGCAAGCCUUACACUUCAGUUUUGCCCUGGGCGCCUUUGUAGCUCCUAUCCUGGCCAAGAUGGCUCUGGGCGGGUUUGCUACUGAUCCUGAGGUUCAUCUAAACAGCAGUGCUGGCAAUCAGACUUCUUUCAGUCCAAAUUCUGAUGAUCUGUUGGGGCUGAAACUGCAUUCAAACAUGAACUUCAUGUGGACUUAUGUUGUUAUAGGCUCUUAUCUUUUGCUUGUUGCACUGAUUUUCCUUGUCUUAUACUUGAAGAAAAGUCAUGUUCGAGACAGAACAAAGCUUUCAAUGCAGAAAUGCCAGACUCUCAAAUAUCAUAAUGCCCUCAUAAUUUUGCUUUCCAUAUUUUUUUUCUUCUAUGUAGGGGCAGAAGUAACCUAUGGUUCCUAUAUUUUUACAUAUGGAAAAACCUUCAUCCAUAUGAAAGAGAGUGAAGCAGCUGGUUUGAACUCUCUCUUUUGGGGAAGUUUUGCCGUUUGCAGGGGACUGGCAAUCUGUUGUGCCACCUGUGCCUACCCUGGAACUAUUAUCUUGCUGUGUAUCAUAGGCACUACUACAUCCUCUUUGUUCCUGGCACUGUUUAAUGCACACCUGUUCUCCCUGUGGCUUUGCUCUGCAGUGUAUGGUGCUUCAAUGGCAGCUAUCUUCCCCAGUGGCAUUUCCUGGCUUGAACAGUAUACCACCAUAGGGGGGAAAUCUGCAUCCAUGUUUGUCAUGGGUGCUGCUUUGGGGGAAAUGUGCAUUCCUGCAGUGGUUGGCUUCCUUCAAGGACACUUUUCCUCCGUCCCUGUUCUUAUGUAUGCUUCUGUGGGAGCAUCAGUCAUGACAGCAGUGCUGUUUCCUGUGAUGUAUAAAUUAGCCACAUCACCUGUUGAUGCCAUGCCAAAUGAUCCUGGAGACAGUGAAGUCCAGGAAGCCUUAUUGUCCAGCUCUCAUCUUGAUGAAGAUGACAAUGGCAGAGAAGGGAACAAGAUAGACUUUGAAGUAAUUGAGAUGAGUGACGCUCUGAGGAACUCUGUCAUAGAGACAUCCAAGAAGAUCCAAGGGGAGUCUUCGUCUCCCAACUCUGGCCAUCCUUCUCUAUGAAACACACCAAUUAAUUCUUCUGUGCUUGCUGUCAACAUUUCAAUAUUUAAAAAAUCAAGAACAGAUUGGGAUAACAAUGGUUAAGGAUAUCUUACACACACAAAAAAAUUUUUAGUAGAAACUUUAUUCUGAAAUGUUUCAACAAUUCAGUAGUUGUGAUGAACUUGCCAUAUCCCAUUUAAAAUUCUUGGCUGUGUGUGAAAGCAGCUACCAAAGAGUAAUUAUGCAGUGGUGGGCAUGAGAUGGCAAACUGCAGGGUCUGCAGUAUUUCCUGAGUGUCUCAUUUAAAGGAAGAAGCAGGGAAUUUUGAAAAGAUCAGAGUUGUAAUCUUAUGGGCAAUUUUAUGGGCUUACCUCAUUGUUGGCUUUUUAAUCUUUGACAGUAAGAGUAACCUUUACAUAGUAAACAUUACACCAUACUUUUAAUCAGAGUUAUGGCUAUGAUAAGGUUUGAAUGGUGUUCUUAAGACGUUGAAUGUCAUUUUUAUCAAAAUAUGACGGCUGAGAUCAAUUUUGCUUAAACAACAAUCUCUGACAAAAAGUUCCUUUAUGUAAAAAGUUCUUAUUUAAAAAACUGCAUCUAUAUUACCUUUCAGAAGCAUCACCUUUUUGAAACUACUUGGUUCUUGCUAAUAUAGGCCAUUUUUGCUGUAUAUGUGCUGUAUGAAAUGUUCAGAAUCAGCAACAUUAUGGUAUUGCUUGUAAAGUUGUAAAGAUGUUGGGUAAGUUUUAAAGAUCUCUUGUUCUUUAA